AGCCCUACAGCUAUUUAUUGUCAUUAAAUAUUGACAGAAAAUUCAGUUUUAGUUCACAAUGAAAUCAUUUUUUUCCGUUCUAUUUAUUAUCGGUAUUACAUUCAUCGUUGGUUUGGAAGCUUUGAAGCCAGAAGAAAGUGCGGCCGAGAAAAAACUUCUCAACGAAUGUAAAAAUUUGGCUGAAGCCACUGACGACGAUGUCAAUCUUCUUUUAGAACGUAAAGUUCCCGAAGAUUACAAGGGAAAAUGUUUGCUGAAAUGUGCUUAUGAAAAAUCAGGAGUUAUUCUUGAAGGAACCUUUUCUAUUGAAAAAGUCAAAGCAUUUGGAACUAAAUUAUUGGAGGAUAAUACGAAGGCACUCGGUAUUUUCAACGAAAUGAUUGUCGAAUGCCAAACCGUUGCUGAUCCAGAUAUUUGUGAACAAAGUGCAAAAUUCAUGGACUGCAUGAUAAAGGCGGGACUGGAACGCGGAAUCGACCCAAAGAAAGGCAUCAAAGAAUCAAUUGGAUCAAUUUAAAUGUGAUAUCACUAUAUAGCUUUAAACGAAUAAAUUGAGUGUUUCGUUUCAAAAUUAUAAAAUGCAAACGAAACCCUUCAUGCUACCAA